CUAUCUGGCAACUCUCUGCGCACCGGCAAAUCAGCUGUCAGCGGUUCCGAAGGGCAGCGCAACAGAGACAGGAACAGAAACAGCCACAAAGUGCAACAAAAUGACGAAAUUAGCAACAAGCGGCCGAGGAAUCUAAAAGUAAAUAGCAAAUAUAAAUAAUUCGCACUGGCUGGCAGUGGGAGACGCCGAGGCGGAGACAGUAACGAGGCGGAACACCCAAUCGGAAUCAAGUCGAGUCGAGGAGAACAAGAUGAGCAGUCGCCAGCGGACGGUGAUUAUUUUCAAAUCCGGAUCGGAAACGGACGAUGUGUACGCGGAAACGCUGGAGAAGCAUGACUUUCGGCCGGUCUUCGUGCCCACGCUCAGUUUCGGGUUCAAGAACCUGCCCGAGCUGCGACAAAAGCUCCAGACGCCUGACAAGUACGCCGGGAUAAUUUUCACAUCGCCACGGUGUGUGGAGGCGGUGGCCGAGUCCCUGAAUCUCGGCCAACUGCCAGGCGGGUGGAAGCUGUUGCAUAACUACGCCGUGGGCGAGGUGACCCACAAUCUUGCCCUCAGUACCCUGGACCAGCUAUUCACCCACGGCAAGCAAACGGGCAACGCCCGGGCCCUGGGCGACUACAUUGUGGAGACGUUUGACGGGUCCCGUGACCUGCCCCUGCUCAUCCCUUGUGGCAACCUGGCCACCGACACGCUUCUCUCGAAGCUAGCUGAAAACGGCUUCGCUUUGGACGCCUGCGAAGUGUACAACACGCUCUGCCACCCGGAGUUGGCGGAGAAUGUGGAGAGAGCGAUAGCUACGUAUGGGGACUCCAUCGAGUUCCUGGCAUUCUUCUCACCGUCCGGCGUCAACUGUGCCCAAGAGUACUUCCGUGCCCGGAACCUCUCGAUGGACAAGUGGAAGCUGGUGGCGAUCGGGCCAAGCACGCGUCGCGCCCUGGAGUCCCAGGGCCUGAAGGUCUACUGCACCGCCGAGCGGCCCACAGUGGAGCACCUAGUGAAGGUUCUGCUGAACCCUCAGGAUAGCAGAGAGCGCCUGCUCAAGGAGCGGGAGAGAUUGGCGAUGGAGAAUAAUAACUAGGAACCAUAAUCUCUAAGAAUUUGUGGAGUAGGAUAUUGUAAAGUCUGAUUCUAAUUCGCUCUCUUGUCGGUCAUGUGGAAAUAUGUGGUAUAUAGAUUCAAUUUUUGAAUAGCCUCCAGUCAAAAUCAAAUUAUGCGGAAUCUAAAGUCUAGACUAAAUUUUAACUAUACAUUUGUGUAUACUUUAUGGGUCUAAAUAGUAUAAUUAAAGAACGUAUGUCAGCAUUUUAAGACACCCUUGAGGAAUGUAAAGAUGUACUAUUUACUAUAUAUAUCCCUCCAAUCUGACGCUAUAUUUUAUAAAAACUGACCAGUGUUUGAAUCUAGAUUUACAAUGUCCACUCCAAACGCCGAAAAAAAGACUCAAACCCAUUGUUUUUUCUCUAUUGACCUCCGAACGAGUACAAAAUUAGCGGGCAUCAAAUGCCGGGCAACGUUUUCGAUCAAGCUAAAUAAAUUGUAUCUAAAUUUA